CUUGCGUCGUCAACUCAAAAUUGUCAGUAUUUGGGAAGCUAGAAAUAACGAAGGGCCCGGUUUUGCUCUUCCUCAGGAAGGCCUCCAUGGAGACAGAAACAGAAGUACAAGUUAACUUCGGAAAAUCCAUCAUAGUACCUAGUGUUCAGGAGCUGGCCAAGGAACCCAUCUCCAACAUCCCACCUAUCUAUGUCCGAGAUGAUCAGGACCUUUCGUUCCUCUCCUCUGAGUCAUCACUUCCAUCGGUGCCGGUCAUCGAUCUUGAGAGGUUGGUUGUUGAAGAUUCCUCCAGUUCUGAAUUGGAGAGGCUGCACUCUGCUUGUAAGGACUGGGGAUUCUUCCAGCAGGUUGUAAACCAUGGAGUCAGUAGUUCCUUGCUGGAAGAAUUCAGAACAGAAAUUGAGAACUUUUUCAAACUUCCCUAUGAAGAGAAAAAGAAGCUUUGGCAACAGGCAGACAAUCAUGAGGGCUUUGGGCAGCUCUUUGUAGUUUCAGAGGAUCAGAAGCUGGACUGGUCUGACAUGUUCUAUAUAACUACUCUUCCACUCAAUCUGAGAAAGAGUGACCUAUUUGAAAAGCUUCCCCCAAAGCUCAGAAACACCUUGCAAGCUUACUCUAUAGAAGUGAAAAAUCUGGCCAUGGAAAUCUUAGGUCACAUGGCCAAAUCUUUGAAGAUGGAUGCUGAGGAAAUGAGGGAGCUGUUUAGUGAUGGAGUUCAGUCUAUGAGGAUGAACUACUAUCCUCCAUGCCCUGAACCAGAUAAAGCCAUUGGGUUUACUCCACAUUCGGAUGCAGAUGCUCUAACAAUUCUCUCUCAGCUCACUGAAACCGAAGGUCUCCAAAUCCGAAAGGAUGGAAGAUGGGUUCCAGUAAAACCUCUUCAAAAUGCUUUUGUAGUCAAUAUUGGAGAUAUCAUGGAGAUUGUGAGUAAUGGCAUUUAUCGGAGCAUCGAGCAUAGGGCAACAGUAAACUCCUCAAAAGAAAGGCUCUCCAUUGCUACAUUUUAUAGUUCCAAGCUAGAUUCAGAGUUGGGACCUGCACCUAGCCUUGUUGGCCCUCAUAACCCAGCAAAUUUUCGACGGGUUCCAGUGGAGAAGUAUUUUAAGGACUUUUUUGAUCGAAAACUAAACGGUAAGUCAUACCUUGAUUUCAUGAGAAUAGAUAAUGGGGAAGGCAACAGAUGCUGAUUCGCUGAAUAUGCAUUAGCUAAAUAAAGCAGGAGUUGAGUAGCCACAAAGGUGAUAGAUUGUGCAAGAAUUUAGCUCUGGAUGUUGCAGUGAAUUUCAGUGAUGUUAAUGAUCAUAAUUUAUACCUUGUUGAAUAGGAAUAAGGAAUGAUCUUCCAUGCCAGUAACUGGAACUAGGAUUUUUUUUUUUCUUUCUUAAAAAGAAAAGAGAAAAGAAUGUCGAGUAACUAUUUAUACAUUGUUGAAUAGGAAU